AGCUCGAGUUCGACCUUUCGUUUCGCCUUGCAAUUGAGGUUGAUGCUGAUUAUGAGGCUCAGCACUUCACUUGUGUUGUCAAGGGCUCAUUCCGCGCGCUUUUUUCUGUCUGCUGGAGUUGUCCGUUCUGUGUUUCUCUUUUCUUUCGAGUCCAAUCACCCGCGGAUUGUUUUGACGUCUUCGUCUCUUUCUUCCCCGUGAUUUCCCGCAUAAGGGUAUUUUUGGUGAACGGAGAUCCUCGGGUUUCCUGUUUUGAAGCUUUAUCUCUGCCAAGUACCGAGUGUGGAACGUGAUCAAAAUGCAGUUUUUUUUUUUGCUGAGGUGUUGGAUUAUGAGAUUGCUUUGAUCAGUUAGGUUUAAAAUGGCAAAAAUUAAGAAGAUUGUGGAGGGAAUCCAGUUCCCAGCUACCCAGGAUUCCUUGUGCAUAUUGGGAUCUGGCACAUUAAAGGCAUCCAAAGUCAGACAAUCUAAGAAGAAGAAGAAGAAGCAUUGCGAUACGUUUGAAAAGGAGUGGGACCAAGCUACCUGCUCAGUGUGUAUGGAGUACCCUCACAAUGCUGUACUUCUGCUAUGUUCUUCCUAUGACAAAGGUUGUCGACCAUACAUGUGUGCAACUGGGCGUCGCUAUUCAAAUUGUCUCGAGCAAUACAAGAAGGCUUACACAAAAGUGACGGAAGUACCAAACACACGCGAGGGGAAUGGAUCGAUCCCAUGUGCUAGUAUCAUUUGUGGGCAGACUAAUGAAAAGAUAGAAAUUUCUGAGCUUUUGUGCCCGCUUUGCCGGGGACAGGUGAAAGGCUGGACAGUGGUGGAACAGGCACGCAAGUAUCUCAACAGAAAGAAGAGGACCUGCAUGCAAGAUAAGUGCACCUUUCUUGGCAGCUAUAGGCAAAUAUGUAAGCAUGUCAAGAAGGAGCAUCCAUCAGCACAGCCGCGGGCUGUGGACCCUUUGCUUAAGGAGAAGUGGAAGGUGCUUGAGCAGCAAAGAGAGAGGAAUGAUGUGAUUAGUACAAUUAUGUCAUCAACACCAGGUGCUGUAAUGGUUGGGGAUUAUGUGCUGGAGCCAAACCAUCGCGACUCUUUCUCUGAUUAUAGCUCAGAAGAAUAUUCAGAUCGCGAUAUGUUUCGUUUCGAGUCUUUUGGAAGAAAUUAUAUCUCGCAAGCUCGUAGAAUGCAUGGGAAUGAAUAUGACUCAUUGAGAGGGAACGAUAUCGGUUCUUGUCCUUCCUUUCGGUCCGGUCGUAUCUCUCGCAGGGUAGUAUCAACUAGUCGAUCAAGAAGGCAGCGAAGGAAUAGAAUGUUUUAAUUGAAGUAGGUGAAGUAUAUUAGGUAGAGUGGUGAGAAGUGGCAUGAUCUAAUCUUUUCUCUAGUUACUUCCUUACUGCAAAUGCUUUUGUGCGCCGUUGGCUAGGGUUUAUUCAUUUUGGUAUUACUGGAUGAUUUUGUUCAUAACAUUGGGUAGGUGGGACAGCCAAGAAAACCGUUUUUUUUAUCUGGAGGAGAAAGCCAUUUUUUAUCUGAAGGAUAGUGUGUGGUGCUUGUUCAUUUGCAUAAUCAGUGACCAACUAACAGAUUUAUUUAAGGUUUGCGUUUUCCCCUUCCUAAGAGAUAUUCUAUUGUUAAUAUGUGACUCUAAGCUGUAAUUAUUUUUGCUGGAAUCUAGAUCUGCUAGACGGCUGCGACUAUUCUGGUCAUUUAUGUUAUAUAGUCAUUCGUUAUAAGUGGUCCUCGGAUUCACAAA